ACACAAACAUCCACGGCAAGAAUCUUUACGGGACAGUCCAUAAUCCAAAUGGCAUCUCCAACAGAUUCCACAUCUAAUGCUUCAACCAAGGCUCGGAAAGUAGCCAUCAAGAAUGUUCGAAUUUUCCACGGCGAGCAACUCACCGCACCCACGACAGUCGUGAUUGAUGGCGGAGUCAUCGGGUCAGACACUACUGGAGCACAGGAGAUUGACGGUGCCAACGGCGUGCUUCUUCCGGGCCUGAUUGAUUCGCACGUCCACCUUAAAGGCGAACGCCAUCUACAACGAAUGGCUGACUGGGGUGUAACCACCGCCUUGGGGAUGGGAGAGUGGUGGCCAGAGAAGCUGCAGGCACUGCGUGAACGCGAAGGCCUCACCGACAUCCGAAGCGCAUGUAUCCCUGCGACAACACCCGGAAGUCUUCACAGCAAGCUACUCCCGGUUCCUCCGGAAGCCCUCGUUUCCGGUCCGGGAGAUGCUUCGAGCUUUGUGAGGAACCGGCUCGCCGAGGGAGCAGACUACAUCAAGGUCGUUGCGGACCUUCCGGGGCCGGAUCAGCCGACGCUAAAUGCCUUGGUCUCUGCAGCCCAUGAACAAGGGAAGCUCGUGAUUACCCAUGCAGCGACAUAUAUUCCCUUCACCAUGGCGCUUGCAGCAAAGCCAGACGUCAUCACGCAUGUCCCGCGGGACAAGACGCUUGACGAUGAGUCCGUGUCGCGCAUGAUGACUGACAAGCCCAUAUCUGUCCCUACUCUAACCAUGAUGGGAGCUAUCUGUAAACCUCUAGGCUGGAGCGCCAUAAUGCGACUGCUGUUUCAACCCUCACUCCUGUGGACCGUCAUCAAGGGCAGGAGAUGGUUUGUCGGGGCUGAAUCGUAUGAGCAUUGCAAGGAGUCAGUGAGGCGUCUAUACUGCGCUGGCGUGCCCGUCUUGGUGGGGACAGAUUCAAACGAGGAGGAAGAUUCUCCUUUUCAGAUCCGCCACGGAGAGGCUCUACACCGUGAACUGGAGCUCCUGGUUGAGGCCGGGAUGUCGACGGUUGAUGUCUUGCGGGCGGCAACGUCUUUACCUGCGAAGCAUUUUGGGCUGACUGAUCGUGGGGUAAUUGAGCCUGGAAAACGAGCGGACUUGGUGCUCCUUCGCGAUGACCCGAUCAACGACAUCCGAGCAACGCGUUCAAUCCAGCGAGUCUGGUGUGGUGGGAUUGAGCAUGUCAGGACCUAA